CUGCGAGAGGUGCAGGACCUCCUGGAAGCUGAGAAGUCGCAGCGGCAUCGGGAGUCCUUGGCCGUCCGCGGUCGGACUCCACAGGAGCUCGCUGAGGAAGUGGAUUCCUUGCAGACUCGGACUGGAUUUCUGUCUGACCUGGUAAAUCGCUUCGAGGACAAGACUAUGCAGCUCGAAAAGCAGCUGAAGGAAGCGCGGGAGGAGCUCGUUGGGUGUGGCAUGAAGCGGGAGCUGGCGGAGGAGGCUGCGCGCCAAAGUGCCGAAGCGCUGCAGCAAAGCAGAGAGGAGGCGGAGAGCUCAAAUCUGGCCCUUCGGAAUGCCAAGAAGGAGCACAACAAGAAAGUCCAGGAGCUGCUGAGGCAGCUUCAGCUGGCGCGCGGCCGGCGACUUUCAGAAACCAAGUCCCAGGAGGAGAUGCAGCACCUCCGCAACGAGCUUCUUGAGCUGAAGGAGCUGAACAGCCGUUUGGUAGAACGCUUGGGCCACGAAAGGGCAGAGCAUGCCGAGGCUCAAAAGCAGCUACAAAGUUGCAAGCGGGACCACCACAUCCUCGAGCUUCGCGUCGAAGAGCUUUGCGAGCAGCUCAUCGUGCUUGCCGAAGUCAACGACAGCCUGGAGCAAGCGCGUGCCGACUGA